CUGCCCGGUGCGCGGCGCUGGGCUUUCCGAGCCGCUCGCUCGCCGCACCGCAGCCCCAUGUCCGCGCUCCCCGCCGGUGCCGACAUCAAGAGGGCUCUGGAGAACAGCCCCGAGACCAACAUCGAGGAUGAGCUCCCCGCCGGGCCGCCGCAGCCGCGGCCCAAGAACUACCUGCUCCUCAGCAUCCUCGCCUGCUUCUGUCCCGCCUAUCCCGUCAACAUCGUCGCCUUCGUCUUCGCCGUCAUGGCUUUAAACAGUUAUAAUCAAGGAGAUAUAGAAGGGUCAAAAAGACUGGGUCGCAAUGCACUCUGGGUUGCUGUUGCAUCAAUUAUCAUUGGCCUUGUCAUCAUUGGAAUCUAUUGCGUAGUUCAUUUCACAACGCAUGCUAUCUGAAGACCAGGACUGCACUUGGAGGAUAUCAGCAUGUAAAUCUCAGGAGGGGAAAAAGAAGAAGAGAAGGAAACCCUUCAUUCCAGACUGUUACAUUUGACCCUACAAGUCUGCAGAGGCAUGUUGCUGGUGGAUGAACUGGUAGUCCAGUUAGUUAAUCAGCAUGGCGUGACCAGGUUUUCAAAAUUAUUUAUUUAUAAGGAAUCUCAGUAUAAAGCAGCAUUUUCUCUUUUACCCUAAUGUAUAAUGAGAUCUUGCCCUAACAACUCCCUUUUCUUUCUCAUUUACAUGGAAUGUAUGCUGGAUCCAUGAUGU